UGGGGAUACAGACUUUCAAAUUGUGAAUUGAAAAACAAUCAACGUAGAUGAAUGGCUUUUGUUUUCUGUAUGACUUGUUUUUCGAUCGUGCUGUUUGGACUCGGAGUAUCAACUGAUACUCAUUCUUGCAAAGGAGAUUGGGAACUAUUUUUUCAUGCACCGAGUGGAAACGGAGAGGAGGUUUUGAAAGCAUGGAAAACCAGACACAAUAAUUGUGACAUAAUCUCUGGAAUCUGUCCAUGUUUGAUAAAGAAUGGAUGCCUUCCUCCUAAAGCUAGACUGGAAACAUUUGUAUCAACCAAGAAAAUUUUAAGAAGUCCCUACAUUGACUAUUGGAAUUGUCUGAAUAUCAAAAAGAUCAAGAUUGAGUUAAAUACGCAAGGUGAAACAAUGGCUUUCAUCGAAUUUAAUGGGCAGAAUUCUGACUACCUAAAUUGGUUUCACAAUAGCAGAAUUGUCAACACCAGUUGGACUGACAUGCAGAAAAGUGGUUCUUAUAACUUUUUCUCAAUUGACAAGGAAACCCGAUUUAGCAGAAAAUUUUUCAUCAACAAAAACUAUGGAGGGUGUGCUAAAGACGCUGGAUGGUUAGUUGUAAACGACAUCAAUGGCUCCAAGCCAUGUAAGUGGGAAAAGCAAAAACCAUAUCCCCAGUUUUUGUAUGGCAAGCAGAAGAAAAUAACAAAAUGGAACGAUAUGAAGUUUGGAAGAGCUGAUGUUCUAAACAUAUAUAUACAAAGAUAGAUCUGACACGUUUUGCUAAUUAAAAAAAACACAUAUUG